AUGCUCGAAGCCUGGUCCAUCUUCUACUGUGUUAGAUUGGCCCUGGCCGCCUCCGCUCUGCAACGUGGCAGUCUCAGUGUGGUGGGUCUUUCAAAAAGGCUAUUAAUGGGCUCGAUAGGCCGAUGGUUAGCAAAUGUCUAUGCACGAGGGGAGUGGGAUUCGAGAAGCUCACAAUUGGGCCGGCCCUCUGCCAGCACGACAGUCUCACCGGUCCAUGUACCUGAGGAAUAUCUGAUCCAAUGCCAGCAGACCGUUCGUGGACAGAGAAGGAGGCACGAAGCUUGCGGUACCGCGUGCACCCGCCGAAUCAUGAACAUCUGCUCUGAUGACAAGCAUAAAGGAAUUGCCUUUUUGCGCAGCUACGAGGCAGUUAGCGCUCGCAUUAUGCCGCAGGCAAAGGCGAGAAGGUGGUUGGGAAGUGCGCUGACACCCAGCGAGGUGACGCAUCACGGCGGACGCAGUUCUGAAAGGUUACUAGCGCGGCUGAAAGCCUGA